AUGCCCGAAGCCCGCUUGCAGCACGAGGACGAUGAAAUCAUCGAAUUCGUAUGCUGGAACCAGAGCAGCAGCAAGCUCGCAACAAUUAGCUCGAAGACGUGUAUCGUUUGGGAUGCAGUGUCUCAGGAGAAGGAGUCUUGGUUUGAGUGCUCGAUUCCUUUGGAUGCAGUGUCUCAGACAUUGAACAGAACUCAGGCUUUGUUCUGCUGGAACCCCGAGGGCACCAUGCUGGCAAAAGCUUCUCAGGACAUGCGCCAGGUCUUUUUUCCCUUUCCCGAGUGCAGACCAACGUUUUCUACAAAGUAUGCAGAACCCGAUGCUGCCUUCCUCCACCGGAUUGCCUUUCGGGGCGCUCUCACCAUCACAGGCUACGGGUUGCUUUGUUGGUGUCACUUUUUAGAGAGAGAGCCUUUUCGGCUUGUCCACAGCAUCAAAAACAAAAGGUUGUUGCAAAAAAUUGUCGAGGGAAUUCCUAAAGAUUAUGAGUCGAAGCCCGGUGAAGAACUAAUUCUCAAGCGAGAUUCCAUGGGCAUUUGCCCACUCGACCUAGCAAUUCAAGCCAAAAGACGAUCGAUGGAUUGCAUCCUAUUUGACCACCCGCUUGCUCAGUUGGUGCCAAACUACUUCUGA